UCUUAUAAGCAGUAUAAUGGCAGAAUUUUAAGCCAAUUUGAGAAUCUCUUGUCUUUUAGUAGAAAUUUCAAGGAUUAUUUUUGCUGCAUACUACUGAAUGUCCAGUUGGUGAAAUUGAAGGUCUUUCACUCAGAAGAAAUAAAUCAAGAAGCAGAACCUGAGGCUCGCGUGCUUUGGAGCUGCUGUGGAUGGCCCUGGCUCUCUUGACCACCCUUCCGAGCAGAAUGUCACUGAGAUCCCUCAAAUGGAGCCUCCUGCUGCUGUCCCUCCUGAGUUUCCUUGUGAUGUGGUACCUCAGCCUGCCCCACUACAAUGUGAUAGAACGUGUAAACUGGAUGUACUUCUAUGAGUAUGAGCCAAUUUACAGACAAGACUUUCACUUCACACUUCGAGAGCAUUCAAACUGCUCUCAUCAAAACCCAUUUCUUGUCAUCCUGGUGACCUCACACCCUUCAGACGUGAAAGCCAGACAGGCCAUUAGAGUUACUUGGGGUGAAAAAAAGUCUUGGUGGGGAUAUGAGGUUCUUACAUUUUUCUUACUAGGCCAACAGGUCGAAAAGGAAGACAAAAUGUUAGCAUUGUCCUUAGAGGAUGAACACCUUCUUUACGGUGACAUAAUACGACAGGAUUUUUUAGACACGUAUAAUAAUCUGACCUUGAAAACAAUUAUGGCAUUCAGGUGGGUAACUGAGUUUUGCCCCAAUGCCAAGUACAUCAUGAAGACAGACACUGAUGUUUUCAUCAAUACUGGCAACUUAGUGAAGUACCUUUUAAAUGUAAACCACUCAGAGAAGUUUUUCACAGGUUAUCCUCUAAUCGAUAACUAUUCCUAUAGAGGAUUUUACCAGAAAGCCCAUAUUUCAUACCAAGAGUAUCCCUUCAAGGUGUUUCCUCCCUACUGCAGUGGGUUGGGUUAUAUAAUGUCCAGAGAUUUGGUGCCAAGAAUCUAUGAAAUGAUGAGUCACGUAAAACCCAUCAAGUUUGAAGAUGUUUAUGUUGGAAUCUGUUUGAAUUUAUUAAAAGUGGACAUCCAUAUUCCAGAAGACACAAACCUUUUCUUUUUAUAUAGGAUCCAUUUGGAUGUCUGUCAACUCAGACGUGUGAUUGCAGCUCAUGGCUUUUCUUCCAAGGAAAUUAUCACAUUUUGGCAGGUUAUGCUGAGGAAUACCACAUGCCAUUAUUAAUUUGACAAAAGCCUAGAGAAAGACAGGAUACUCUGUGGAUAAUAUUAAAAUUACUUUAAAAUCGCUAAUGGAAAACUCAUGGGAAGGUCACUGUGUUGACUUACACUGAACUGAGACUCAUGAAGUGCCCAUGGACUGGGGACUGGAAGGUUACACUUGUGAGUUAUUUAGACAAAAAUCAAGUCAGGCCCUUUAAAGGUGAUAGUAAGAGGAAUUAAAUGUCUUAUAAAGGAAAUGGGAGAUUUUUGUUAAUAAAGCUAAUAGGAUAAAAUUAUUUGAACAUGCCGUUCUAAAAACUAGAAUGUGUUAAAAGGAUUUCAUUGGAUUAUAAGCUCAUCAGUCCAUAACAACAAAGCAAUGUGGAGUUCUAGUCAUUGAACAGAAUAGUCAGGUAAAGGUUUUGUGUAUAUCUUACAUGGGUUACCAGUUUUUAAAAAUAUAUAGUUCUGUGUAAAAAAACUGAAGUUAUACUGAGCAAAAUUUCAUCCGUUUUGGUCAUUCAGAAGGUACUUCAAGAUGUUACAGCAUUUCACAGUUAUGAAUUACUGUCUAAUAUUACAUAGGACUUUCUGAUGUUUGAGUGUUAUGGUUGUUUCAAUACUGUAUAAAGAAAAUAGUGAAUCACCCUUUACAUUUGAACUUUUCUCCGGUUACUUCAUUGAUGAGUUUAUUGUUUGAUAGCUCCAUUAGUGUAAAGUUAUUGGUCAUUACUGCAUAUCAGUAAUCUCUUGGACUUUGAUAAAUAUCUUACCGUGGUAAUAUGGAGAAGAAUUAAAACAAGAAGAUCUGAAU